AUGCCGAUUCCGGCCGGUAUUGCGACGCCUUCCGGCACCGUCGGCUCUCCUGCAGAGCUUCUGCCCACUUCUAACGCACGCGAUGUAGUCGAUGCCCAGGAACCGGGUCUCAAGGUCCCGGUCUCGCUGUCGAGGAAAGGCGAAACGAAAAGACUACGCGGCAAGAGCAUUGUAGCGAGCGGCAAGACGAGAUGCUGCAGCAGGGAGCCUACCCCAGAAACGGAGCCGCUCUUGCGCCCAGAUGUGCUGGAAUUGAUCUUGUUGGAGCUGAUUCCGACACGAGAAGCAUUCCUGCAAGGCGAAGUCUUGGUUUAUGGCAACUGGAUGGAUGUCUCCAAUCUGGACGAGAAAUUCACACGUCACGCUUUGGCAUGGGAAGGUGUCGCCUUGACACAAUGGCUGCUUCAGCUUCGACUCUUAGACACCUCUUGGAAUCAAGCAAGUGAGCUUCAUGCGCUCCUGACUUCCUCUUUUAUCGCAGACUGAUACUGACGCACGGUCCGUCUUCGGAAUCCAGUCAAGAAUUCGUCUCUUUGGGUGCAGCUAGAAGAGGUUUUCUUUCAGUUCCCAGGGCCCCCAAUGCAGCCGACGGAACAGCCCUUUGAGCGAUUCUACAGUAAGCUACGCAACAUCUGCGUGCCAUGUUACUUGAACGAUCGGAUCACUUCGUCAAAGGGGCGCAGGAGACCAUCAUUUGCGUUCGGAUGGGUGCCCAUGUGCAACAAUCACUCAUACAUUGUCAAGUCGGUACAGAAUCCUCCCCGUCACCGCGCGCUUUGCUGGAAGUGCUUCGACGAGGGAGGCAAGAAUGAAAAUUGCGCUAUCGUCCAAACCGGGGAUGAUGAAGCAUUCGAAAACAAAGCAAACCAAAUGGGUAACGCAUGCGGAACUUGUCGCAAGAAGGCUCUUGAAGAAGCCUUAAAUCGAAGGUCAGUGAGCUUCAUUACAGCGGAUGGGGCUGCUCGAGACCACACGCUGACUCCAGACCUACCCGCAGCUGGAAGCACCUAGGCAUCCUACUUCGUGGCUCGUCCGCUCUGAUUCAUGCCCCUGCAAUGAGGUACAUCAAUUGGGGCGAUUGGUCUGCCAGCGAUGCUGCGGAAGAAGUUGCGUCGAACGUAAGUCUAUGAAGACGCUUUCCAAGCUCUCUUAUUGACAACCCUCCGCUCCUUCUGCCUCCUGCUUUGAAGUAUUGGCUCUACUGCUACACGAGAUGGCCUGACUACUACGCAAGUACCCUUCAGUUGCUCAACGAGUCUGCCGUCAACGAGCAGCGCAACAUUGUCCUGGCCUUUGUUGAAACCCGACCGGGCGAUGCAGGAGAUCUUUGGCACCUUUGGGAGCAUGCAUGGGUGGAAACGAAAGCUGUGCUGGCGAGGACAUCAAACUUCAGGGGGAUGCUUACUAGAAUCAAGCGCCAUGGUUUCUCGACUGUGUAUCACUCCUUGAUCGACCAGUACAGGAACAGCCUCGUAUUCACAGAGAAUGGCAGGUCGGCACGUUGCCCUUCCAUCGACGACAUGGAACGGCUACUGUAUCGCGCUCUACCUCGUGAGCUGAACGAAGAGCAAGAGGAGCGCACGAUCCGCGAGUCUGUGUACGAAUACCUCUCGCAAGUAGCGCGUGGUGGUAGGUCGAUCAUCAGCUCAUCCAGGCUAACAUCGAAACGCGGCUGACGACUCAUCUCUUCAUGCCGCAGGUAUCUGGAUGUCCGUUCGCGAGGCUUCUCUACAACAAAAGAAUCACAACGGAUGCUUGUCUGGUAUGCCGAUCGAGCCAGACGAUUUCGAUUUGAACAAUCCUCGCAAUUGCGGCGCUCCGAGUCUGAAUCCGAAGUUUGCGGCCCGCGUCCGAGCAGACGACGAAUUCCGCAUCGUUCUUACGCUUCCCCCCCCGAUGCCUCAGCGUCUGCAGCAAAUUGCGGAGCAGUACUGGCUAAGAGACGUUAUCAGAGAGCUUGUCCGCCCAGCUCUGCUCAAUCUGGCCAAAUUCAUCAAGAACUCGAGUCGAGAUGAGACGCAAGCUGCAAUUGACCUCUUUGCCUUUGAGUUGGACGACAUUCUUGCCUUUCUCCGGCAAAAACAGCUCUGGGUCACUAGUCGACGAGUGUCGGCUCGCAAUGGUACCAACGAGCCAGCAAGCGUGCCGCUCGUGCCUGCUUCAGCGAGGGACAUCGGUCGCUCAACCAGUCUGGGCAUCAUGAGUCUCUGGGACGAGAUCAUUGAGCCCCUCAAAGAGUGCAAUUGCAAGAUCUGCGCCCGUGGCAAGCGCAAGAGGGAGGCAGAAGAGGAGGACACGGAAGUGAGCGACGAAGUGAACCCCGACUGCGGUGAGGUGCAAGCUUUUCUGGAGCAAGUAGGAGACACAGCUCAGUCAUCGGCAGGCUCUGGCUCUGGCGACCAAUCCGGUAUCGUGGAGGCUUGUAACUCUGACGAGGAUGUCAUGAACGAAGACGACAUCAUCCUCCCCAUGGCAGAUUCGCCAGAGACACCAGUGGCCGAGUUGCUUUUCGAAGAUCACUCCACUCCUCUCAUUGGAGCCGCAGCAUCUGGAAGCUGGGCGCAGCCUCGAAGUGUGCCGGAGCUUCCUGAUGAAAUUGUCCCCACGUCUUCCAGCAGCCAGUCCGAUUCGGUAGUCAGCGAGAAGAGCAGAGCACCAUUUCCAUCAGAGGUCGGUCGGAAGGCUGAUGCAAGAGACGAAGGUGCCACUUCUGCGCUCCAGGAUCGCAUGAGCGCCAAGCCUCAGCGCGAAGCCGAUGAAGCACGACUCGCGCACCAAAGACCUAGCGGGAGCAGCAAGAGGAUCAUUUUGAACCACAAACGACAACGAAAUUGA